AUGGUAGUGAACUUCCUGUAUGAGUUUUGGAUAACUAUUAUCUUUAAGUCAUACCAAGACUGCACAGAUCAGAAAGUGUAUCAAGCAGUGACUGAUGACUUGCCUGCAGCUUUUGUUGACGGCACAACAAGCGGAGGUGAUGGGAACACCAAGAGCUUGCGAAUUGUGGAGAAGGUCAGUGGCAAAUACGUCGAAAUGCAUGCCAGCUACAUUGGGACCACGGUGUACAUACGCCAGCUUGGGCACUACCUAACGCUGGCCAUUCGCAUGCCUCAGGAGUUGGUCACGGCCUACGAGGAGAGCCAGGAUCUGCAGCUGUGUGUGAACGGUUGCCCUUCAAGCGAACGCAUCGAUGACAGCGGCCGCUUGCCAUUGCCUGUGAUGGGGCCGUUGCUCCCUCAGGGUGGUGCUGCGUAUCCCCGGUCAGUGUACACACUGGAAACUGCCACCUCCACAUGCUACGAGAAGAUGCUGGUGAAGGACCUCUAUUUUUACUCGUGUGUAUUUGACCUACUCACAACUGGUGAUGCUAACUUCACGGCUGCUGCCCACAGUGCCUUGCAGGAUGUAGAGGCGCUGCACCCCAGAAGAGAGCACUGGCAUAUCUUUCCUAGCAGUGGAGGUGUGGGCAAGGGCAGCAAAUUCUUUCUUGGUCUUGGACUUGUGUGCUUGACCCUUGUUGCCUUUUUUGUAGGGUUUUUUUUGUCUGUAACAAAGUUUUGAAAUAUAUAUUGUCAUAAUAUAUCAAGUAAAGAUGAAUAUAUAUGUAUAUACUGUAUAUAUGAACGUGUGUUUUGUCUUGGGACAUUCCCCAGGUUGUACAUAGUGUGUUAACUGUUUUAAUGUGCAUUUGAUGUACUAUUCUUUGUAUUGAGUUGUUUUGCAGUUGUUGAAAUGUUUUAUAAUGUCCCUGCAUUGGGGCCUGAUAGAAAGCACUUUAUUUUUUAUAUAUUAAAUAUUUAUGUGUGUAUCCGUGUAACUAGUAUUAUACCUAUAUACAUGUGCAUACAAUAAUGAGUGCUCCCUCAAGUACUUCUUGG